GUCAUGGAUCUCACCGCCAUCUACGAGAGUCUACUGUCGUUGAGCCCUGACCUGGUGUCUACCCGCGGAGCCACCGAGUCCAGUCUAGGAUGGCCGUCCUCAGGACCCUGGAGCUCAUCGGAUUCCAGUUUUGCCGGGGUCACCCCCCGACCACCUGGCCGCUCCACCAGCCUGGUAGAGGGCCGCACCUGCGCCUGGGUGCCACCCCCCCCAGGCUUUGCACCCCUGGCUCCGCGCCUAGGUCCUGAGCUGUCGCCCUCACCCACCUCACCGACUGCAACUCCAGCCACCUCUUCCAGGUACAAAACUGAGCUGUGUCGGACUUUCUCAGAGAGUGGACGCUGCCGGUAUGGGGCCAAGUGUCAGUUUGCCCAUGGCACCGGUGAACUUCGCCAGGCCAACCGCCACCCCAAAUACAAGACAGAACUCUGCCACAAAUUCUACCUCCAGGGCCGCUGCCCCUAUGGCUCACGCUGCCACUUCAUCCACAACCCCAGUGAGGACCUGGCCACCCCCGGACACCCCCACAUGUUGCGCCAGAGCAUCAGCUUCUCCGGCCUGCCAUCAGGCCGCCAUCCAUCACCACCACCAGCUGGCCUGCCAGGUCCUUCCCUUUCCUCCUGUUCCUUCUCGCCGUCCAGCUCUCCUCCGCCACCACCUGGGGACCUUCCACUGUCACCCUCUGCCUUCUCUGCUGCCCCUGGGACCCCUGUGCCCCGAAGAGACCCUCUCCCAAGCUGUUGCCCCUCUUGUCGGAGAACCACCCCUAGCAGCCUCUGGGGGCCCUUGGGAGGCCUGGCUCGAAGCCCAUCUGCGCACUCCCUGGGAUCCGACCCUGAUGAAUAUGCCAGUAGCGGCAGCAGCCUGGGGGGCUCUGACUCACCCGUGUUCGAGACAGGGGUUUUUGGGCCACCCCAGCCACCUGUAGCCCCCCGCCGACUCCCUAUCUUCAAUCGAAUCUCCGUUUCUGAGUGA